GUUUUCAGUGUUUGUUGUGUGACUGAUGUGGAUUCAGCAGAAUGGAUCAGUGUGAGGACAGAGAGGAGGGAGCCCCUCCCCCAAAGACCACCGACAGGACCCCCCCAGGACCUGGACCCGACAGACCCCUCAGAGCUCAGAGACCUGCACCUGGACCUGCACCAGGACCAGGACCUGGACCAAGACGUGGACCAGGACCUGACAGGCCCCCCAUAGCUCAGAGACCUGCACCUGGACCUGCACCAGGACCAGGACCUGGACCAAGAUGUGGACCAGGACCUGACAGGCCCCCCAUAGCUCAGAGGAUCCACCACAGACCAGAGUCCUCUGGACCUGAUCCUGGACCUGGAUCCAGUUGUGUGUCCUUCAGGAGUGACCGGUCCAGCAUGGAACCAACAGAUUUUUCCACAGAGACAGAGGAGCAGCAGAGCUCAGAGGUUCCCAGUGAUCCACAGCAUCCAACUCAGCUGGACUCCACAUGUGAGGAAACACAGAUGGCAGCAUUUAAAGAAACUCUGUUGAAAAUUCUGGAGGAUCUGAAUGAUAGUGACUUUAAAAAGGUCAAGUUGUUCUUGGAAAAUGAAAAACCACGAAUCCCAGUGAGUAAACUGGAGGAUGCAGACCGGAUAGACACAGUACGUCGGAUGGUCCAGACCUACUACACAAAUACUCAGAAAGUCACUGUAAGGGUUCUGAAGAAGAUUGACAGGACUGAUCUGGUGAAGAAACUUCCAGAAGGCAUCCUAGUAUGUAAAGGUCAGUCUUUAAUAAGUAAUUAGUAAAGUAAGAAGUUCCACAUUUCAUUCCCCUGUGAUACAUUAAAGAGAAGGACGGUGGUAAUGUUGUUUCCAUCUGUUCAGAUCCAGUAGAAUUCUAUGAAUAUUCAUAUUCUGUCCUGGUCCUGAAACCGGGACCUUAAAGGUAGGGUAGGAGAUCCUGGGAAAAUGGCUCUAGCAAGCUACAUUUUGAAAAUACACAGUUCAAAAGUCCAAACCCUCCAGAGUACCGAACGCUGCACAGCAUC